CCUCCCACUUCCACCUUCAUUUGAAACUCUCACUUCCUCCUUGUCAUUUUGUAAUGUACUUUAACCUUCCGUCUUCUCUGAGUCCUCAUUCUGGUGGCAGGGCUUUUGGUGCGCGGCCGAAACUCCUUGAGCUGAAUCGCCCCCACACGACUCGCAGUUCACCAUGUCCAGGAAGGUUGUGAGGACCAGUAAGUUCCGUCACGUCUUUGGCCAGGCGCUGAAAGCCGACCAAUGCUACGACGACAUCCGGAUCUCCCAGAUGACCUGGGACAGCAACUUCUGCUCCGUCAACCCCAAGUUUGUGGCCAUGAUCGUGGACGCCAGCGGCGGAGGGGCCUUCAUAGUGUUGCCCCUGCACAAGACAGGGCGCAUCGACAUGUCCUACCCCAACGUGUGCGGCCACACGGGCCCAGUCCUGGACAUCGAGUUUUGCCCUCACAACGAUAACAUCAUCGCCAGUGGCUCGGAGGACUGCAGCGUCAUGAUCUGGGAGAUCCCGGACGGCGGGCUGACGGCGCCCCUCACGGAGCCCGUGAUCAAGCUGGACGGCCACUCCAAGCGCGUGGGCAUCCUGAGCUGGCACCCCACGGCCCACAACGUGCUGAUGAGCGCAGGCUGCGAUAACGUGGUGAUCCUGUGGAACGUGACCCGCGGGGAGGCGGUGGUGAGGAUGGACACCGUACACACCGACCUCAUCUACAGCGCCUGCUGGAACCGGGACGGCUCCAAGAUCCUCACCUCCUGCAAGGACAAGACCCUGCGUGUGCUGGACCCGCGCAAAGGCACCGUCCUCUCAGAGAAGGAGAAGCCCCACGAGGGCUCGCGACCCGUCAGGGCCGUGUUCGUUUCUGGCGAGAAGAUCCUCAGCACCGGCUUCAGUCGCAUGAGCGAGAGGCAGGUGGCGCUGUGGGACCCUAAAAACUUCUCCGAGCCGCUGAACCUGCAGGAGCUGGACACCAGCAGCGGCGUCCUGCUGCCGUUCUACGACCCAGACACCGGCGUGGUCUACCUCUGCGGCAAGGGGGACAGCAGCAUCCGCUACUUCGAGGUGACGGAUGAGGCUCCUUACGUCCACUACCUGUCCAUGUACAGCAGCAAGGAGAGCCAGAAGGGAAUGGGCUACAUGCCCAAGAGGGGCCUGGAGGUCAACAAGUGUGAAAUCGCCAGGUUCUAUAAACUUCAUGAAAGGAAGUGUGAGCCCAUCGUCAUGACUGUGCCACGCAAGUCCGAUCUGUUCCAGGAGGACCUGUACCCAGACACCGUGGGCCCCGAGCCGUCGGCCGAGGCCGAUGAGUGGUUCGCGGGAAAGGAUGCGCCGCCUAUUCUGAUUUCUCUAAAGGACGGCUUCGUGACCACCACCAAAGCCAAGGAGUUUAAAGUUCACAAGGGCCUCAUGAAGACCACGGCUGCUUCAGCUGGAAGUCAGAGGGACGAAGGGGAGGUUCAGUGCUUAAGGAAGGAAGUGAAAGACCUCAAAGCAGCGAUAGAAGAGCUGACCAAGCGUGUGAGCGAGCUGGAGAGCAAACAUUAAACUUUAACCGUUUAAAACUAGGUGAUGUCGACGUGUCAACCUCUGCUGUGCAAAAGAGAGACAAAAGUAGAUUUUCUGAUAAAAUGUGUUUUGUGUUGCUUAAAGCUCGAACUUGUUAAUUUGGUUUGUCUGAUCAACUGGUAAAAAUUCUAUUUUAAUAUAUGCUUUUAGUUUGAAAUAAAGUGGUCUGUAUUUUAAAAAUGAA